AUGGUCGAUGUAAAAAGAAAUGAUUUUAAGAACAUGACAACCAAAGCUCUUCAAAACCUUUAUGACAUCCACAAUACAGGGAUUUUCCAUGGUAAUAUUCAUCUUCAGAACGUUGUAUACAAGUAUAAAACACAUGAUUUUUUUUUCAUUGACUUUGGUUCUUCCACCGUUAAAAAUAUGAAGUCUGAAUCGAAGGAUUUGAAUCAAGGUGAACACAAAAAUAAUGAUGAUUUUCAGAAGGACUUGUGGAAAGACUACAUGAAUCUUUAUCAAGCUAUAUUUUUUCAAACAAAUUAUAGAAAUAUAUGUGAUGAAUUUUUAAAUGGCUAG